AUGAAUAAAGUAUCAACAUCCUCUUCCUCUUCUUCAUUCAUAAAUAUCAACAGUAAUUGUAACGAUAAUCAAAACAACAACAACAACAAUUUAAACAAUAGUAUUGUAAAUAACUAUAAUUAUAUUGAUAGAGUUCAGAAUAUUUGUAAUCAUAUUGAAGUAGAAAAUUGUUCAUCAAACAACAACAACAACAGUAAUAGAAAAAUGAUAUCUAAUAACUUUGAAAGAGUAGCUAUUGUUAGUUAUGUAAGAACUCCUAUGGGUGGUUUCAAUGGUUCACUUGCUUCGUUGAGCGCCACAGAGUUGGCGUCUAUCGCCAUUAGAAAAGCGAUUGAGAAUGUCAACCAUCCGAAGCUGGUAGAGUCCAUCGAUGAAGUAUUGCUUGGCAAUGUGUUGUCUGCCAACGUUGGACAGGCACCCGCUACACAAGCUGCACUCGGUGCCGGCAUUCCAGACAGCGUGCCAUGUACUGCAGUCAACAAGGUCUGUGCCUCUGGAAUGAAGGCUGUGAUGCUCGGUGUCAACUUGAUCCAGACCGACUGUGCCAAGGUGAUUGUUGCCGGUGGUUUCGAAUCGAUGUCGAACGUGCCAUACUACCUGACAAGCGCACGUAACGGAUAUCGUAUGGGACACCAACAGAUGAUCGAUGGAAUGAUUAAAGACGGUUUGACCGAUCCAUUCGGUAACUUCCAUAUGGGACUGGCUGCAGAGCGUUGCUCGAAAGACUACUCCAUCUCCAAACAAGAACAAGAUGAAUACGCACUCAACAGCUACAGACGUGCACAAGAAGCAACCAAGAACGGUUGGUUCAACGAAGAGAUCGUUCCAAUCACCAUCCCAGGAACAAAAGCAAAACCAGCUACCGUUGUAAGCACAGAUGAUGAAGUUUCAAAUGCAAACUUUGAGAAAUUAGGUAAUUUACAACCAUCUUUCCAGAAGGAAAAUGGAACUGUUACAGCUGGAAAUGCUUCAACAAUAUCCGAUGGUGCAUCAAUCUUGAUUCUUAUGAGUGAGUCCAAAGCCAAAGAGAUGGGUGUCCCAGUGAUUGCAUAUAUACUUGGUAUGGCUGAUGCCGCACAAGAACCAAUACAAUUUACCACUGCACCAGCACUUGCCAUUCCAAAGGCUUUAUCAAAGGCUGGUAUCUCUCAAGAUCAAGUUGAUUAUUAUGAAAUCAAUGAAGCUUUCAGUGUAGUAGCUUUAGCAAAUAUGAAGAAAUUGAAUAUUCCUCAUUCAAAGAUCAAUGUUUUUGGUGGAGCUGUCUCUAUGGGACAUCCAUUGGGUAGCUCAGGUUCAAGAAUCAUCUGUACAUUAUUAUCUGUUUUGAAACAAAGAGGUGGAAAGAUUGGUGUCGCCAGUAUUUGUAAUGGAGGUGGAGGUGCAUCUGCAAUCGUAAUCUCAAGAGAAUAA